AAUCGCUGGCCUCAGCCCCGGUCGUGGGACACGUCGAGUCGGGCAAUAGUGGAGGGGGCUUGGGAGCAGUCCAGAACGGGUGAGGGGAUCCAGUUCCGAGAGGAAGGCACGGGCGGCGGAGCUCGACCUAAGAAGACUUUUCUGCUGACUCUCACCUUUUUCUGGAAAACUGGAUACUUCCAACCAUAUGGGGAUGAACCAUAUGGGCAUGAACCAUAUGGGGAUGAACCACAUGGACCACAUGGACAACAAUAGUACCAUGCCACCUCACCAUCACCCAACCACCACGGCCUCACACUCCCAUGGUGGAGGAGACAGCAUGAUGAUGAUGCCUAUGACCUUCUACUUUGGCUUUAAGAAUGUGGAACUAUUGUUUUCUGGUUUGGUAAUCAACACACCUGGAGAGAUGGCUGGAGCUUUCGUAGCAGUGUUUUUACUAGCAAUGUUUUAUGAAGGACUCAAGAUAGCCCGAGAAGGUCUGCUGCGCAAGUCUCAAGUUAGCAUUCGCUAUAAUUCCAUGCCUGUCCCAGGACCAAAUGGAACCAUCCUUAUGGAGACACACAAAACUGUUGGGCAGCAGAUGCUGAGCUUCCCCCACCUCCUGCAGACAGUGCUGCACAUUAUCCAGGUGGUCAUCAGCUACUUCCUCAUGCUCAUCUUCAUGACCUACAAUGGGUACCUAUGCAUCGCAGUAGCAGCAGGGGCUGGGACAGGAUACUUUCUCUUCAGCUGGAAGAAGGCAGUGGUAGUGGACAUCACAGAGCAUUGCCAUUAACGUCAGACCCCACAUGUGGCCUUAUCAUUUGCUGCAGGAAGCAUCUUGGGACCGGAAGAUAUGAUUCCCUCUCCAAUCAUCCUUCCUCUCUCCUGUCUCUUUAUGCACACACACCUAUACUGCAUAGAGGCUUAGUUGACAGUCUCUGAGUAGUGAUUUUUCUAAUAAGAUGAAAUUGACAUUUUUCUUGAGAAGCCACCGUAAGAUGUCUUCUUCCUCAUAAUCCUGAGCCUUGUCUAAUCCAGGUAGCUUCCUAGUUAAUGACUUGGUUAUCUGCUUCUCUUUAUUUUUCUUGUUCUUUUGUAUGUGUGGGGGGGUGCAUUUUUGUUUUAAAUGGAUAAUAUGUGUAUUUUGUAGGAGGGAUUCUGGGUCAGUGAUAGAGAUUUUAACUUCAAACAGGAUUGAUGGUAAUUCACCUAACCUGGAACUUAAAUUUCACACUAGAAAGUAAGCUCCAGUCUUAACUCAGUGAGUGGGAAACAUAUUGUGCCUUUCUCUAGGUGUGAUGUGUUAUGCCAAAAUACUAGUAGUUUGUGGAGAGUGUUUAGGGACUAACUACAGGCCUUGAGUUUGUGGAGUAUGUAUUCUUGUUCUCUCAUCAACUUGUGUUCCCACUUAACACUUUGAUUAUAAAUGAACUUAUCAAUCAAAACAAAAACAGGACAAUCAAUUUGAGACAAUAGAAAUAGGGAUUGUUAAAUAAAACCAUUGGCGUUUUACUUUGAUUCAGUACUUUGGUUUGUUCCAAUUGAACAAAACAAGAGUUUGUAAUUUUUUUUCUACAUUUGUUUUUGUGUGUAUUCCUCAAAACCAAUGAUUUUCAAACUUUAGAGUGUUUCAGAGUCACUCAGAGGGCUUGUUAAGGCACUACUUGGUAGACCUCAACUAUAGAGCCACUAAAUCUGGCAUUUCUAAAUUCCUAGGUGAUGUUUCUGUUGAUAAGUCUAGAUGAUUACCCUGAGUCAACAUUAAAAUAACAAAGCUGCACCUGGAAGGGACAGAGGAUGGGGCUACAUGGUAUCAGGCCUGAGAUUCUGAAUUGCUGGUUGGUAUAUGGUAAGUCUUAGGCACAUGUCACAUCUAAAUGCUGCUGAUCAAUACUUAUUCAUUCCACAAACAUUUAUUUAGCUCCAAAUAUGCUUUUUGUAUACACACACACACACACACUUGUGUGGGACUAUAGCCAAAGUACACUUAUCAGCAUAUAUAAAUUCUCUAGUCCUGUCUUUUAAAGACCUGGGGUUCUUUGGAAGUAGUUUGAAGGCCAAGAGACCUUAGAUCUACAGUGCAGAUCAGCCAGUCAAAGGCCAGAAGGGCAAAAACCCAACUUUCUGUUUGGAGAGAUGUGGGGCAUGGUUUGCUAACAGCCAGAUUUUUCUCAGUGUGUACUAUGUAGGUUCCCAUCCUCUGCUUGACCACCUUUAUUAUUUAUAGGGAUUUACAUAGAUUAUAGUGGCCAAAACCCCUUUUCUCAAUGAAGAAUCCUGAUGAGAGAUGUCAUUCUGUAAAUAUGUUUCUCUUAUUGGUUAAUGAAUAAAGCACUGUUGGCAGAUAGGAAGGCAAGAUAGGCGGGACUAGGAGACAAGGAGAAUUCCGGGAGAUGUAAAGGAGAGUCAAGAUGUAGGGACUUGAGAGAAGAGAUCCAGACUCUCUCUCUGGUAAGAUAAAACCAGGCUGGCAGGAAAACUGCUUGAAACAAAAUCCCAUUGAAUGUUCUGUCAAUCAUUAGUCCAUAUACAGACUUGUUUCCAAACUACCUCUUUAAAGUGAUUCUUCCUAUGCUGAUCUGUUAAACCCUACCCUCUUUGGUGCUAGAUCCAGUUGUGCCUGAGAACAGAAGAAACAAACCUGCCAUCUUGUUGGCCCCAUAUUGUAGUUCUGAAGUUUGUACUUUCUCUCUAUGGGUGCCAAUUAAACAAUGGAGAACAAGGAAUGUGUACUUCAGUGGCUUUGAAUCAAGAAAAGGUUUUAAGCCUACAGGACAGAGGCUAAAAAAAUAAAAAAAAAAAAUCUAAGAAAUUAACUUUAGAGUUUUGCUUUUUCUCUUAAUUCAAUCUCAUUCUGCUGGUUUUUAGCACUACACAGUGAAUAACAGGUACUGACAGAGCGGAACAUUACGGUGCAAAUAGCCUGUCCUGUCGUUAUCUCAGAAGCCAAGGAAUAAUAAACCCAGGGGAAUACAGAAACCACAUUUAGUGGUGACCCUGGUGCUUUCUAGAGAUCUCCAGAUGAGCUGCCAUAAAACACCUUCCAGGGGCUGAGAUGCAGCUCAGAUGUAGAUCACUUAUCUAACAUAUGCCACGCCUUGUUUAACCCCCAAAACCAGAAACAAAGCAUAACUAUCAGAAACAGAAACAGGUGAGAAGAACCAAGGCCAAUUAGGACAAGGUGCUGUGAAUCUGAAACCAAGAGAAACCUCAUGGUUCUUCAGGGUAGUGUCAAGUUAGAAGCAGUCUACUGCAAAACCUGCACUUGAGAUCCCUUAGCUUUCUAGAGGGUAUAGUUAGUGCGGGUCUGAGGUAAGCUUAAGACCUAUGCUCUUGAACUUUUAUACCCAGCUUUUUCGUUUAUCAAAACUCCUUUCCUCUGUGGAAAGGCUAUGUCUGAAUUUCUUUAGCCCUGACUACUUCUCCCUUUCUGUCUUUUAUCCCAAGCAGCUUAGUUUUUAAAAUCUCUCAGCUUUCUGAUACAGUAGACAUUACAAUGUUGUGGCUAUAAUUAUCUUACCAACUUGGUAUUUACAAACCAGGUGAAGUCUUAAGUUUGUUUCAAGAAGCAGUCACCCCAUUAGAAUUUCUGGGAAGCUGGUUAAAGGAUUACUUCCCCCUGAGUUACAGAUCCUAGGUACUAACUGCAGUCCAAGACGGAAGAACACUCAAUAGCCCAUUGCCACAUUCAGAACCUCCUCAGCAUCCAUCAAAAUUUCUUCACUACUACGGUAGGGUUGUCCCAAAUUCCCUUUCAGAUCGUGGGCUCUGAUUCCUUACUAAAAUCAGGAGACUCCGGCAGGGUGUACAUUAUAUCAUUUAAUCUUGAGCCUACCUUUCCAGCCACUUCAGAUUAAUAAUCUAAAUGGCAAGUGUGCAUUUGAUGUAAUGCCUUUGAUUGUUUAAGACUGUAAGCUCCUAGAGAGCAGAAUGCUGUAAUGGGACUGUUUAAAGUGUUGUGUGCAAGAGAACAAAAUAAAUAUCUUGAUUUUGUGA